AUGAGCGACUACGAGUCUCCAAUCCUGGUCACCCAUGUUUGCCAAUUAGGAAAAUGUCGCGCACUCCCUCGCUACGAUUGUCCCUACGCCCAACGUCCGCAAAAGAAGGAACCGCACAAACAAGCAUUCCGUGAAGCUAUUCGAGCGCAAGCCGCUGCUGCGGAGGAGUGGUUGAGACGAAGUGGCUCCCGUCCUCUGCGUCUCUCUAUUGCUUGCGGUAUGGAACUGAAGUUCUUGCCCUCGACGGAUGUUCUGAUGUUGCAAUCGAUUUACAUCAAAAUCGUCGAUGCUUCAGCUGGUGGUCUUUCGUCUGAGCUUUGGGAGAGGAGCGAGCUUCUCAAAGCACGCACACUACGCAAGCUUGUUGCCCCCGUGCUUAUCCAACAGCCCCGCACAGCUGCCGCUGAAUUGGAGGCAGCUGACAGCUCUUUCAUUUUUCAGCUUGCGUCUUCAAGGCGCCGUCAAUCUCCCGAGCAUCCUUCAGGCAUUACAGCAAUACAGUUCUCAACUUUUGUCCCCGUCUCUUUCAUUCGGCGACCGCCGUGUUAUUCCCCGGAUCACUACCCGCCGAACGAGGAUCCCCUGCUGCUCUCCUUACCAUCCCUCGAGAAGCUAUUCAUUGGAGAUGGUGCUCAUGAUUUGACACGAUUGUUCCAGGUUUUGGAGACGCCUCUUCUUCGAUCGUUCACUUAUACUACUAGUGAAAAGGCGUAUCGCGCCCCUCUUAGCUUCGAAAUUCUGUCUUCAUUCAUCUCGCGUACAUUGGGCGUACGAAAGCUCCCCAUCGACCCCGAGCACCUCACACGCGACGAAUUCGGUGAGAUUCUCCGUCCGCGUCAAUGCCCGCACCUCAGGUUCCUCAAAACCUCGGAGCAUUGUCAGUGUCCCGACGCUUGCAGAAACGACUCGAAGUUGAUAAACAGCAGACUCCUCGAGUUGUUUGCUGGGACACACCCAACGGAGCCAGGCAUUUGCCCUGGACUUGAGGAGAUCGAAUGGAGGCAUUGCUCCGGGUUUUCGGACGAUGAGCUGCUCAUCAGCGAGUGCGGCGGGGCCGUGUCGUGUGUGGCGAAGCUAAAAAGAAUGCACGUCGAGUUCGAACGGACUAAAUAA